AUGUCAAACUUUGAUAAAGAUUUUGUAAAAUUGACUUCAGAAAAUCUCAUACUUCAAGAUAUUAUAAAUUUAGUAAAGGAUGAUGGAGCUGGAGCAAUUACAACAUUCAAUGGCACGACCCGUAACACUUUCAAAGGUAAAACUGUUAUUCAAUUGGAAUAUGAAUCUUAUUCUCCUAUGGCAGAAAAAGUUUUAUCUGACCUAAUUCAUGAAGCAAGAACAAAAUGGGAACUUACAAAAACUGCGAUAUAUCAUCGUACAGGAAUUGUACCGGUUGGAGAAACUAGUGUAAUAAUAGCAGUAUCAAGUGUUCAUCGUCAAGAAUCACUUCAUGCUGUAGAAUGGCUAAUUAAUCAAUUAAAAGAAAAAGCUCCAAUAUGGAAAAAAGAAGUCUAUAGUGAUGGAAGCGUUUGGAAAGAAAAUGCUGAAAGCAGACAAAAAGUUUAA